AUGGUUAAAUUAGAAGAAGUUUCUGCUGAUCAAUAUGAACAAGUCGAAGUUUUAAGCGAAGAAGAUUACUCUGACUUUUCUGACGACGAAUUUGACGAUGAAGAUGAAUCCCUUUUAGACAGAAUUGCUGCUUUAAAGGAUAUUAUCCCUCUUAAACACAGAAACAGAAUUUCUUCAAGCGUUUCUACUUUAACAUCCUGGGGAAAGACAGGCGCUACAUUUGUUGGAAAGAGUGCUUGGGUUAUCACGACUUCUAUGUUCUUGUUGGUUUUACCCUUGGCUUUGGAAAUCGAAAAAGAACAAGCCUUGAUUGCUUAUGAAAAGGAAGCAAUGCAACAACAAGGAACACAACAGAUGCUUGGCUCUGGUAAUGCAUAUGGUAUGCCUCAACAACAACAACAGCAACAACAACAACAAACAAUUAGACCCCCUGGUUUCUAA